AUGAACCAUGACUUUUCAAAAGUAUAUGCUCCACAAUCCUUUGCGGUGGCCCAAGACAGCAGUGCUCAGAGCCGCCAUGGACAACACAGCAGUAGCUGCAGCGAUGAGGAGGAGCUGGCGUGGUGCCGCAAGGCUGCAGUGCUGGCCUUGGGCUUGGAGCAGCGCCCUAAGGGUCCAGAGCAGCCUAGAGCUGAUGCUGCAAAUGAACAGUUGCCCACCACCCACUCAAGCCUCAGGCAUAAAGUGGAUGAACAUGAACAAGAUGGGAAUGAGCUUCAGACCACCCCUGAAUUCCUAGCCUAUGUAGCCAAGAAGCUUGGAGCCCUCUUGGACAGCUCCAUUACCAUCUCAGCGGUGAAGAAGGAGCCAGCCAAGGCCAGCGUGCAGAAAGCAGCCUCUGAAGAUGAUGGCUUCCGGCUCUUCUUCACGUCCAUCCCUGGUGGCCCUGAGAAGGAAGCUGCUCCCCAGCCCCGCCGGAAACGACCGCCCUCCAGCUCCAGCGAUGACAGUGACGAGGAGUGGCAGAGGUGCCGGGAGGCAGCUGUGUCCGCCUCUGACAUCCUCCAGGCCUCAGCCAUCCUUGGCCCCGUCACAGAGGAGAAGGAGACAAAGGACAUGAGAAAUAAGGACGAGACCAGUGCCACCAGCGCAGCCACGGACCCUGGGCAAGAAAAGCAGGCAGCCAAGCUCAAUGGCAAAUGGGCACCACCAGGGACCAAAAAGAAGAAGAAACAGAAGAAAAAGGCAAAAACGAGUGAGGCUCCCACAUUCCCACCAGCAAAGGGCACAGCAGCCAUGCUUACGAAGUGA